UAGACUUGACCUGAAUCAAUGCACGUCACAACUCCAAUCGGAGGAUGAGCACAUGAGAUUUAGUCAUGUGAAGAUUUCAUUUUGGAAGCGGGGUCAGCUUCUCUCAACCUCGUUGACCUGGACAAGAAACGAGUACGCUUCACCAGAUCUUGUAGAACAUGAAUGUGAACUCUCAAUUUUCGUCGUAUCAUCUAACAACGAAACCUUCACCUAAUUCUAACUCGAAGAUGUCUACGGAAAUGGUCGUUCUAUGCUCUGUUUGCACACAAGUAUUUCAGCCAACGUCAGGCGACUCUACUUCCAAUCGUUGCAUCACGCCACAAGACCAAACUUUUGACAGUUUCCGGAAGGCAGCGUCGGGCGACUGCUUCAUCUGCUCAAAAUUGUGGAAUUUGAGUGAACUGCAAAGGAAAGGAUGGGAGACCUUGAGUACCCAAUCAUGGCGGCCAUUGUCAUUCAAAGUCGACAGGGACUAUUAUAAGGGCAAACUCGACCAGAUCAGGGUGAAUAUCAUCUAUCGAGAUCCUACCUCGAUUCACAGCGACCGUAUCACAAAUUUCCAAAUCAAGAUGAUCACUUCGUCAGAGAGUGAAUACGAAGAUCUUUUCUUGUUUGAUAAGAUCGAAGGAAGCACCGGCUCAGCAAGAACUCUUGAACUUGCUCAUUCUUGGUUUCAAGCGUGUUCUCUUGGCCAUGAUCAAUGCAAGCGCCUGCCUACUUCAGUCCUCCAUUGGCUGCCAACCCGCCUUGUCGAUAUUGGUUCCAAGGGGGAGACAACCUGGAAACUAGUCAUCACGUCAGAUGAUCUAGAUCCGAGCUACUGUCAGUUUUCCCCUCGGUAUUUGACAUUGAGCUACCGGUGGGGCAUUGAGCCUCAAAAGUUGCUUUUGUCAACCCACAAUUUGGAACUACUCUGUCGGGGGAGUCCCAUUGUGGAACUACCACGGACUUUUCAAGAUUUGGUUGUAGUCGCACAUCAUCUCGGUAUUCGGUAUCUUUGGAUAGACAGUCUAUGCAUCAUUCAAAAUUGCCGGAGUGACUGGGAAAAGGAAGCGCUCACGAUGAGGGAUGUGUAUGCUAAUGCAGCUUGCAAUAUCGCAGCCUCUGCUUCGAGCAGCCCCUCCGGUGGAUUAUUUCGAUCUCGUUUAGCAAGGGACAUUCGGCCAGGUAUCGUCACGUCAAAGCUUGCUCCUCAAGAGUCAAGGAAAUUUUACAUGUUUGAUAAAGGAUACUGGGACCGCCACCUUCAGGAUGGUGCUCUGCACAGCAGGGGAUGGGUGUUCCAGGAGCGUUUCUUGUCACCACGGCAGAUUUACUUUACAAAAAGUCAAGUGAUGUGGGAGUGCUUGGAGGAACACAGGUGUGAGGGGUUUCCUCGAGGAGUUCCACUUCAUAAAUCCUCGAAGAGCAUCAAGCGCCUCCUUUCGUCGCAAGAAAAGGAUGAUAAGCUCAAGACCAAUGGCUUGAUGUCCUUUGAUGCCUUGGAUCUUUGGAUCGAUAUCGUCACUACCUACUCGCAAUGCCAAUCCACGGUAAUAGAGGAUAAGCUUUACGCCCUUGGGGGGAUUGCCAAGCUCUUUCGGCAGGUCACAGGUGAUACUUAUCUUGCCGGCUUGUGGCGCUCACGUCUUCUAUACCAGCUAGAUUGGUAUGCAUGGAUGCCAAAGUCGAGGAUCACGAGUAAAUACAGAGCUCCGUCUUGGUCUUGGGCAUCUAUUGAUGGGCCAGUACAGCCAACAUCGCCUGGCCAUGGGAAUCACUUUCUAGCUGAGGUUAUCGACGCAAGUGUAACAACGACAAAUGAGGGAGAAGACAUGGUCAAUAUAACCGGUGGUAGCAUAACGCUACGAGCGAAGGUGUACUCUACUACCUUCAAGCGGACAUCUUCAUCUACAGGGAAUGGGUGUAUUCAUUUUGUCCCUACAGACAAAAUGUUUCCUCCAUUCACGACGUGGCCUUACUUUGACGCUGUCGAAGACAGUCUGAAUAAAACCGGCGAGACGUCACUUCUACCCCUAAGAAAUCAGGAAAUUACAUGGAGGGAUCUUGAAAGAGGCCGUUCUGAUAAAGCGAAUGACGUUACUUGUCUCAUUCUCAAGAAAUCUGGCGAUCUCGGAAACUCGUAUCGCAGGAUCGGGUGGUUGAAACUUAGAGGAGAGAGAGGCUAUGAUAAAAAAAGCCAAGAUGUCAUACACGCUAUCUUGUCAGCCCACGAGAGUGACCAAGGAUUGACCCAAAUCACUAUGAUUUAAAGGUUGAAUUGAAAGUAGAGAUGUUCGGGGCCUUCUGCAAUAAUGCCUUCUGGAUGAAACUUUCAAUAGGAUCAACGGGG